CCGGCAUGAAGGCGGCCCAGGCCCCCGGCGAGGAGGCGCCGCCAGGCGUGCAGUCCGCCAAGGUGGUCCUGGUGGGCGACGGUGGCUGCGGGAAGACGUCGUUGCUGAUGGUCUUCGCGGAAGGGGACUUCCCCGAGAACUACACCCCCACAGUGUUUGAGCGGUACAAUGUCAACCUACAAAUAAAGGGCAAACCCGUGCACCUCCAAAUCUGGGACACGGCAGUGGUACCCGGAGGUGAGUCAUUUCUGCAAGGAGGCACCCAUCGUGGUCGUGGGCUGCAAGACAGACCUGCGCAAGGACAAGUCACUGGUGAAAAAGCUACGGAAAAAUGGGUUGGAGCCGGUGACCUACAACAGGGGCCAGGAGAUGGCAAGGUCUGUGGGUGCAGUGGCCUAUCUGGAGUGCUCAGCCCGUCUGCACGACAACGUCCAGACCGUCUUCCAGGAAGCGGCCAAGGUGGCUCUCAGCAGCCGCAGGCGCAACUUCUGGAGGCGGAUUACGAGGAACUUUUGUGUGGUGACCUGACCUACCCCCGGCCGCCCAGCCUACUUCCACUGCCGCCUGGGCUCACAGACACCCGCCAAGCAGUGAGGGGAGGAUCUGGGCACUGACCUUCUGCCAGCUGGGCUGGGCUGGACCCAGCUACCUGUGGUCAGGGACCGCUGAACGGCACCCCAAACCGAUGGGCACCACCGAGGCUGGCCCGGGCCUGGGAUCCCUGGAGUGCAGCAAAAUCUUCUGAGGUUUGAGCAAGAAGUUCCCAGGCCCAACAGCCCUAUGGAGGUCUAGUCCUCAAGUCUCUGGAACCUUUAACAGACUCCCUGGACCGCACGUCCCAGAGAGGCUGCGUGAAGCCUGGCGCCACCUGCUGGCUGUUCCUGGAGCCUCCCUGGACUGAGCAUCUUCGAACCAUCCUUACCAAAAUCCGCACCCUGCUCCUUCCGCCUACACCCUACCCGCCCCGUGGUAACUGUACAACUAAAGUGGCAUCCCAUGUCAGGUUUUCCCAUGCCUUUUGUUUCAUAGAGAAUAACAGCCUGCCCCAUGCAGGCUCUGGAGUGGGGCUGCUUGGAUCCAAACUCAGCUUUAUCACUUCCAGGACAUUGGGCAAGUUACCUGAACUUUCUGGGCCUCAGUGUUCUUGUCUGUGAAAUGGGACCAGUCACAGGUUAUAUCAUAAAGCUAGAGGAUUGUGAGGAUCAAUGCAUGCCAAGAGUGCCUGGCACACAGUAAGCACUCAUGAAAGUUUCACAAACACUACGUUUAUUUAUUUCUCUGCUUAUAUCUCUAUCUGUUUUAUCAUCUCAUACUUAAUAUCCAUAACACUGCUCAGAGAUAGGAGGCAACAGGGCAGAACUCAUUCCUCCCAUUUAUCAGAUGAGAAGACUGAGGCACCCCACCCUCCCCACCAGCAUGAAGCCUCUCUCUUCAUCCAAUCUCUCAUUAAAACUCUCAGCCCCCUUGGCCUGCAUCCUCCUGUCCCACCUGCCUUCCAAAACUUCACACAGUGUCCCACAGGCCUCUCAGGCUGCUGUGAUGGAACUCCUCAUCUCCAGGGAAGUGCCUUAUCUUUUCUGGUAACUUCCUCAACCUCCCCUCCCCGCAGGCUGAUUAGGACCCCUCCUGUGUGCUACCUGUGGACCUGUGCUUUGGAUCCACUAGGCUCUGAGGCUGCAAACUGCAGGUUCCCUGUGUCGUAUUCCUAGCUCAUGUCAUAGCGUCGGCACAUUAGAAAGCUCCUUAAACACCAGGCUACUGGAGGAAUAAAUGACUAAGCCCCUGGUCCUCUCAGGGAAGGGGCCUGGUCAGCACCCGGGUCUCCUGAUAUCCUGUUCAGCAUGUCACCUCCAUUUACAGGACACAGUGACCAGCCUGGCUCUGCUCCGUGCAGUUUAUCUCCAGUUCAUGUACACUCCUCCAUGCCCAACACCAUGCUUGGUACCUGACCAGCAUUUUGUCACUUCAGCCUCACAGCAACCGGAUAGGAUGAGCACGGUUGUCCCCAGUUGCCAGACUGAGGCUUAAAGGGUGUAAUUGGCCUGACAUCAGUGAUGGAACAUGGCAGGGCUGAGAUUCGAACCCAGAUCUGCUGCUGACCCUAGACCUGGAACACCGUAAUGCAAAAGGCCAAGCUACUAGGGGCUAAACCAGGGGCUGGGGAUGAAGAAAUGACGGAGACAAGGACCCUGACUUGAAGGAAGUCGAGGUCCAGGGCAAGCAGACAGAUGUACAAAUAAGUCAGCGUGAAGAGCAUUAUUGCAAAAUCCUACCCGGGGCUCCGGGAGCACGCGUCUUGGGAAAUUAGAGAAGGGGGAUGUUUGAGCUGGGCUUGACUUAUUAGGCUUGGGAAGGCAGGAAGGGGAGAAUAGGGAAGAACAUUCCAGGCAUCCAAUGCGCUUGGAGGAGGAUCAGUCAGGCCAGGAAAAACUGCUUCCCACUCCUGAGCAGCUUAUACUUAAAACCCUACGUGGGACCUGCAGUCUGUUGUGAGGUGCCGUCAGGUUGGUUCCGACUCAUAGCAACCCCACGUACAACAGAACAAAACACUGCCCUCUACCAAGCAUGAGGUCCUUCUCCAGGGACUGGUUCCUCCUGAUAACGUGUCCAAAGUAUGUGAGACAUGGUCUUGCUAUCCUUGCUUCUAAGGAGCACUCUGGUUGUACUUCUUCCAAGACAGAUUUGUUCGUUC